UGAACGACUCUGAAGAAGAAAAAGAAGUCCCAAUUGAUUACUCAAGAAUGUGAAUGAGAGCUCUUGAUAGUGACAGAGCACCUUCAACCCGCCAAAAAAUGAGAGAUGAGAAGUUAAACUAUAAGAUUCAAAACCCAGAAGAAGCCAAUAUCAAGCUAAGAAAUCAUCCCACAGGAAUUGAUAUCAGAAAGAACAGAAUGGCACUGAGAGGUGUGCUCUCUCAGAAAAUAAGGUGUAACAGGGAUGUCCAGAAAGUGCUUGAUAAAAACAAAAGAUACAUCAACCAAAUUUAUUCAAGUGUGAAGCACGAGCAGAGAUCAUUAUUUAAAAGAGAUAUCAAGGAUUACUAUGAUAAGGAAAAGAAAUAUGGGUAAUAUGCCUACUAUUAAGAUAAUUCCUUCUGGACAGCAUCUGGAGUAUCAUAGGAAAUUAUUGAAGCCUUUAUUACAGCCUCCAAGAAUACCAAAGACAAUGGUAAAUAGGAGCUUUGAUCACAAACUGCCAAAAGUUCUCAGUAGAAGCGUUGACAAGAAUCCGUUUGAAAAUAAAAAUUCUUACAAAGAUAUCAUGGGGUAUGAGACCAUAAAAGACAUUAACACCUCUCUUAUUGAAAAGAAGCUUACUAUGGAUAAGUCAGAAUGAGAUUAUAGCACAAAUACUAGGUAUAGAGGAGAGUUAAAGACGAUGUCUAUGAAGCAUUCAGAACUCCAGAAAUAUCUUCAAGGACUUGAGAGAACAAAGAAAAUCCAUAUUGGGACUAUUCCUACUGUCAAGUCCAUCUCUCAGCUCAGAAAUAGUAGUAAAAGCCCUCUAUUAUCUGGAGAUACGAAUACUGAACAAGAUGAUGUCUAUCUGAUUCAUCCGGAUAGAGUUUUGGAAGAAAAUACAGGUAUGAGUCCAAGGAAGAAGAGACAUGCUUCUAUAAGCUAUAAAUCCCCAAGCAAUGAAUUCUCAUUAAAAGUUGAGCCAAGAAAGAAAGUCUUGAAUGCUAUCAAACAGCUGGGGGAAGAUAAAGAAACCUAUAUGAAGUUCUAUCACCUCAAAGAAGCUUUACUUCCUAAAGAGCUGACAGUACAUAGUUAUUAUCAGGACGAUGUCUCAAGAUGGCGUCCAAGUGCUAGAGAAGGCUCAAUUCUAUUCUUCCAUAAAAAUAUUCUUGAAGAUGAACAAUUCUUACUCUAUGGCGGAAUGAAUAAUGAGAUCCUUCAAGAAAUAGUUGAACUAAAUAUUGACAAUAUUGACAACAAAGUGUACUGGGAGAAACAUACUAAAGAAAUUACUUGCCUUAAUGAGUAUGGAAAACCCUCAAAACAUGCCUUAGAGCUUGGAAGAGGCGGCAUCUCCAGUAUUGUUUAUACUGAAGUGAACCCAUUUAACAAUCAGUCGAGACAGAACUGCGUGAUACUUUAUGGAAGUGGAAAGAUAGUUAAAUUCACACCUAAUAAAAGUGAGUUCAGGAUUCUGAACCAAUAUGGGAGAUUGCAUGAGGACAGGCAGUAUCACUCAGCUUGUAGAUUUGGAAAAUAUAUGAUAUGUUAUGGAGGUAUUAAUAACUUUAAGAACAUACUUGAUAAACUUUGCUGCUUUGAUUUGAUAGAACAGCAAUGGAAGGAUGUCAAAGUCAUCCCAAACAGCAUCAAUAGAUGGGUUAAAAGCAAGCAUAGUGGAAAAGUCAACCUUGACUGUGAUGAUGGGCCAGGUCCUCUAUAUCAUCAUAGAUGGGCUCCUGUCUUUUACCGUCAAAGAGAAGAGUACUUUGAUGAGUUUUUGUACGAUAAUUUAGGAGUUGAAGAUUCUGAUAUUGGGAUACAAGACCCACUUAUUAAAAUGCCUAAAAUUAAGUGGGAAAAUGUAGGAAAGUAUCUUCAUCAAGAAGGGAUCUACCUAUUUGGAGGAAAAUCCCUUUUAGGAAAAAUCACAAAUGACCUCUGGUGUUUAAAAAUAUGUGACAAAAGAGAAGCUUUAAUCGCCAUUGAAAUGGAAGAAAAUUAUAGAAUUAGACAUAAAUUCCCUUCCCUCAAGAAAUUUGAGAAUAUUGACUAUCAUUCGUAUUUCCAAUGGGAAAGAAUGGAAACUCAAGGAAUAUCUCCUUCACCCAGAUAUCAGCACUGAGUAGAAUAUUAUGAUAAAAUGAAUUUUUUGAUCAUCUAUGGAGGCAAAGGAACCUCUGAAGGAAAAGAGGUCCUAAAUGAUCUUCAUCUUCUUAGGAUGGACAACCUCAUGUGGAUCAAAGUAAAUUUACGAGGAAUGGAGCUUAAACCUAGAGCUAAUUUCUCUUCUAUUAUCCAAACCCAAUCCUACCAUAGAAAAAUUAGAGAUCAGACAGAUAGCACGAAGUUGAUAAUUUUUGGAGGAAUUAAGGAAAAUAUGCACUACACCUCAGACACAUUCAUCCUCGAGCUCGACCAGGAUAGAAUUGAAGAACUAAUCCAAAAAGAAAACGACGAAAUCGAGCGUAAAAAAGUCGAGGAAGAACUCGCUCUCCUUGAAGCAAGUAGACAAUUUUAACCUAAAU